AGAUAAUGGGUCUUAUAUGUAAAACUUAUACGGUACCAAUUUUGAUGCACGAGAUGCGCAUUUCGACAAGUAAUAUCUCUUCAGUGAUGCUCAACCGAAAUGUUUGAAAUCCGAAAUGUAUCCCUUGUCCCACACAAAGCUGGUGACGUCUCUAAAUAAGUGAAAAUUGUCCAUAGGGACAACUUACGGCUAUUCACUUAUACAAAUAAGUACAUUUCGUUAAUAUGUACAAAUACGGGAAAAUCAAAACAACACUAAUUAAAAAAAGGAUCUGUACUUUGUGAAAAGGCCAAGUUUAGAACUUAUCGUGAAACAGUAAAAUGAGACAAUUAAUUCAUUUGGGUUUUUUUUAAAUAUCGAAUGUAAACAAAAUCGAAUGUACUCUUAAGGAGAGUGAUUGAUCUGUAUCGAUCAAUCAAAUGCGGGGGAGGCUAAUCAAAUAUCGAUAAAAAUGUAGGCCUAUAUAAUUCAUUUUUAUAAUGUAAAACACGUUGACGUAAAGUUUCAAUUUUCUCUUUGUGUACUGGAGUAUGGAAAUUCUAGCUAGGAAUUGAGAGCUUCCGUCGUCCGUGUCGCUAUGACACACAUAGCCCUCUGCACGCCUGAUUAAUCUAAUUAGAUUUUCAUCAAGGAAAUACUUUAUGCACCAUAUUUGAUAAACGAACAUGAUUAGUAUGCAUCGCAAAAUAUCUGAUGGAAUUCUCUCUGGUACAACAUAGUUAAGGUAAGGCCGAAUUUUCUCAAGUUAAGAGCUUAUUAACUGACUGUAAGCUUUACACAGGUACAUUUAUCCUAGGUCGUAGCUCCGACCCAUCUAUGAUGCAUGUCACCAACAUUUUUAUUGAUUUUAAGUCAGUCUCUUAAUGUAAAUAUUAAGUGAUAAAUCACGUUACGCUGAGAGGAAUUUUUUUUUAUGUAUGAAUCAUACAUUUUCUAUCAUGAUAAAUGCAUUAGUUUUUUUCUUUAUUUGACCACGCAUUCUUUAGAAACAAUGCUAAUCUCUCACUACAAAAAUAGACAAGGCGGUUUUAAAAAUGUCCAUGAGAAAAUACUCAGAAAUGAUAAUUUAUGCACAAUGCUUGUGAUGCAUAACGUGAUAUAUUAAUGUGCGGCUGUCAGAAACAAAUUUUCGUUUUUGGGUCUUCCAUUUCAUUGCGGUUUAAACAUCUGACCACCUUCAGGAAAACUGAAGACUUCUCUCAAAAAUUUCAUAACGUGCAUCAUUUAUAUUUUGAUACACGCUACUGUAAAUUACUUCCUAAUGACAAGACUAGGGGGAAAAUAUUAAUCUCCGUUGAAUCGAGGAUAUGAGGUGAAAGACAACCAAUACACUGUUUACCUGAGGAUUCGCUCUCUUCUCGAUCAUAAAUAAAUUGUGGAUAAAACAUGACAUCUCAAAAGAAAAUGAAUCUGUGUCCGGUCCUGGCAAAGGAAUACAAUAUAAUAACAAUAGCAAACAUGAACUCACUCCAGUUGAGCACGUAUAAUAGACUGCCUGGCACGAGGGUGAAAAUAUCCUGUCUGUCCAACACAUUUAAAGUGCUGGGUCCCACGUGGCUGACCUGUCUCCGCAAUGGAUCAUGGGAUAAACCCAUCCCUAGGUGUGUAAGCAGAAACGAGUUCGAGGCAGAGAUAUCCAGAAGUUCAUCAACAGUUAAUCCCAUUAGUGUCACCAUGAAUGAACUACCAUCAACAUUAAAUUCAGACUCAUCUUUAGCCACUUUAUCCGGAACCAUCACUCCCUACGUCAUCACUGUGUGUGUGCUCGCCAUUAUGUUUCUGAGUUUAGUCUUCAUUUUGACUUACUUAGUUCGCAUGCGCAGAAUAAUAAACAAAAAAGUUGACGAAAUAGAGGAAAAAGAUCGUCGCCCUGCGCAUGUGCGAGCAGUGGACAGCUUGCGAUCACUACAAUCGGGCUCGACAACAGUUUAUGACUACUUCCGGCAGAGUAAUUCCCCGACGCUUAGCGCAUCGGCGUCCUCUCACAGCUCUGAUCAACGCCUCAAACGCACAACAGAACCGGAAAGAUCUGGAGCAUCAUACUUCAACAGCUUGGACCAACGUUUCAAGCGCGAGAGAGAACCAGAUAGACAGGAAGGAACAUAUUCACACUAUGACCCGCGAUGUAAACGUGCUCGAAGCCAGGAAAUGCUUCAAAAAGCGUACACCAAUAGCUUCGAUCAGCGGUUUAAACGUGAGAGAGACCGAGAUACAAGGUCGUUACAAUACACGGUAGCGGAUGACAGGUGGCUAGGUUAUUGAGGAAUUCUGUUCAAUGAUCCAGGAGUGGUAGUUAUAAUAGAAUAUAAGUGAAAGACAAUGAUUAAGGGAAGUAGUAUUUUCCGCUAAACAAUUGCCACAAUUUGAUUUUUCGCAAUUUCGAAAGACUGACGAUAUUAAUCAGGGUAUCUGUGUGUUGUCUGCGAACCACGUGGUCCAUAACAAACCGUAUCUGACAGUUUAUUCUAUUUACUCUAAUGUCCCCUUCAUUGCACGCACGUAAAUCCAGUCUUAUUUAUUUCAUGCACAAUGAUAUUUAUUUGUUUCCUCCGCGCGGGGGUAUAUGACAACCACCAGGAACCGUGAAGGAACUUCGAAAUGUUCAUCGGUUUUUAUAGCCAGUUUUAACAGCCUUGCAUUGCAACCAUACCUCCAAAUAUUAAUUAUUCAUUAAUAUUACUAUCACUUAGUGAUAGUACUCGGAUUCACUUCCGGAGAUAAACAAAACACCCUGUGGAAUAACCUACAACGAAAUUCAAUGAAUUCGCGUACAUGUCUAGAAUAGCAUUUGAUUGCGGGGUUUAAUCUUUCAUUUGAAAAUUGCUUGGACCCUACAAACUGAUUAUAAAAGAUCUUUUCGCACCAUUACAGAUAUGUAUAGUUAGCGUUUGUAGUAAUGUAUUACAAUGGCUGCAAACUGCGUCCUGCUUGCUAUAGUUGGUUGACCAGUAAGAAACAAGCCAUUCUUGGAUCAUACAUUACCUUGUUUGUUUUAAUUUCAAUCAUUUUCGCAAAUGCAUGAAGCUAUUAAAAUCCAUAGGCGAUUGUGAGGUCAUAUAAAAUGCAUGCUAUGGGUGUCUUGCGGUCUUCAGGAAUUACAACUGGUAGUUGUCGUAGCUCCCCUGCGGGAGUACCCAUAAUUCCAUACCGGAAAUAGUUAACUUCCGCCUUCAUAAUAUACGUUUGUAGAGUUUUAUUGUAUACCUAUCAUAAUAUUUAUGACAUUGCCCCGUCUUCACAUGAAAAAUUGAAUCAUAUCCUUGUUCUGUUCUGAUUUAUAGUGCUGAGGAAAUAUCCUGUAAAAAUCCUCAUAUUAUAAGAUGUAUCGUAUAGAAUAUUCACAUUUUAAUACACUGUUUUAUAUGAGCAAUAAAUAAUAAAACAUCG